UAUUUUAGCCAUGAAUUCGUUACUCAUCACCGCCUGCCUUUUGGCCCUGGUCAUUGUACAAAUUGGUGCUCAGGAUGACUAUUGCUUCGGCAAGGAUAACUUGAGACCACAAACCCGCCACUUCACCUCAAAGACUGCCUAUCAAAUUGCCAAGAGCACAAAUAUUGAGAAACAAUAUUUGGUGCCCGGCUGUACGCCCCAGAAAAUAUGGAUCUUCCAUAGACAUGGCACCAGACUACCAUCGAAGAGUACAAUUCAGAAAGCGCCACGCUUGGAACAAUUGCGCGAUUCAAUUGGUACAAAUUAUCGCAAACGGGACGAAUUGCCAGAGAACAUUUUGUGUCAGGAAGAUUUGAUUGCUUUGAAAAUGUGGAAAUGGAAUGCCAGUAUUACCCCGGAUAUGGAAAAUUACCUGACCAGUCAAGGUUAUGAAGAUUUGCGCGGCACUGCCAAAACCUAUCAGAAAUAUUUCCCCGAAGUUUUGAUUAAGGAAUACGACAGCGAACAUUAUUUGUUCCGCCAUACCGACACUCAACGUACUACCGAAAGUUUCAAGGCAUUCACUGAGGGUUUGUUUGGUGCCAACAGCGGUGCCGUUGCUCAAGAUAUUCCCGAAAAAGAUGUACUAUUGCGUCCCUAUGAUUAUUGUACAUCGUGGAGUGCUCAAAAUUUCAAAGGAGAUGGUUCAGAAUCUGCUAAAUUCCGUAAUACUGCUCUAUGGAAUCAGACAAUGGCUGAUAUAUCGGCACGUUUGGGUUUCAAAUAUACAUUGGAGGUCUCCGAUAUUGAAUUGAUGUAUGAUAUGUGUCGUUAUGAACAGGCCUGGCAAGUUGAUCGUACCAGUGUUUGGUGUGCUGCCUUCCUUCCCGAACAUGUUACUGUUCUCGAAUACGAAGAUGAUUUGAAAUAUUUCUACAAAUCAGGCUAUGGCUAUCCCGCGAAUUCCCGCCUUAACUGUCAUGCCGUUCAAGAUAUGCUAGAGAAAUUGAGCAGCAAAUCCGCACCCAAUGUUAUCAGCUACUUUGGACAUUCCACUGGUGUACAGACAUUGCUUAGCGCUCUCGGUAUUGAUAAGGAUGAAGUGCCACUGUUGGCCAGCAACUAUGACCAACAGGGUAAUCGUAAAUGGGCCACUUCGAAAAUUGAUCCCUUCGCUGCCAAUUUUGUUGCUGUCAAAUAUGAAUGUGAUGCCGAUACGGAAAAUAAGGAAAAGGUCAUAUUCUUCCUUAACCAGGAUGCUGUUGAUUUAAGUUGGUGCAAGGUUGGUCUCUGCAACUGGAAUGAGGUGUUGGAACGUUACAGCCACUUCGUGAAUGUCGAUUGUGAUGCGUACUAUUGUGGAGAUGGUGCUAAUGCCAUGAGCAUUUCAUUGGGCGCUCUCUUGAUGACUGCCAUCGUUUACUUAAUUAACUUAAUGUAGAUUUUC